AUGGGUAAUGCUGUAUACACUGAUCAGCUAGUAUGUCAUAAUACCUUGGAUAUCUGCCGCGCUCAUUGUGACAAGUCUGAAUGCAUAUUUGUGGAUAAAUGUAAUGGACAAGGCGAGAAGUUCAUGUGUGUUCCUAUUGAUCCCAAAUUCAUGAUGUGGCUAAUGAUAAUCUCGUUCUUGAUCGUCUUACUUGUUUGUUCAUCAUUGGUUGUUUGCUAUAUACUGAGAGCUGUUAGAGCAUCUUAUCGACUUCAAAAAGAAUAUGCAGAUCAUCGAGAAGUCUAUUUCAAUGCUCCCGGACGUGUAUAUCAUAUUCAACAAGGACGUGAUGGUUAUACAAGUGAUCGUUAUCGUCGUUAA